AUGACGACUUUCACUAAUCUCAGUAAAAAGUUCGUUUCCAAUUUGACCGUGAACCAGCUGAUCACCAAGGCCAAGCGUGAUUUAAUCCUCUCUAUUCUCAAGUCCACCACCACCAAACGUGAGGCUAGAGAGUAUUUGAACAAAUACCAGAGUCAAUUCAACCCUGGUCAGUCGUAUCUUCGAGGAACACUCGACAAUGAGUCACUUUCACUCAAGGACAACCAGCUGAACCUAUUCAUCAACCGUUUUCUUGAUGGCGAAAAUCCAUUCUUGAGAAUCUACGAGGAUGAAGACGAGAAAAUCGCAAAAAUUCCAUUGAGACUAGCCAUCUUCAAGCUAUAUAUCCAUGAAGCUUCCCCAGAGAUUUUGAAAGGAACGGCUGAGACGUUUCGGAGACUAGUCAACUUGGGAAUCUCUCCCGUCAUUGUGUUGGAUCCAGGCAAUAUAUCUGGAAAUUCAUAUAAACAAAGUUCUCUAUAUGUAAACGAUCAGAUUCAAACUCUCCUCAAGCAUGUGUUUUCUCCAACGGGCGAUGGCCUGCAACUCUUGGACUCGACCAUUUUACGUUGUCCCUAUUCACUCCAUAAGGGAACCGUCAAAUCUGUGCCGCUAGAACAGAUCAUGAUUCCGUUAUACCAGGGUAUUAUUCCAAUUAUACUUCCGGCCAUAUAUGAUACAGAAAAUGGGUUCCAGCAUUUUAUCAAUGCCGACAGCGCCGUCAAGUAUCUCUGCGCAGAUUUAUUGAACACUUCGGAAUUACUCACACUCGAAAAGGUCAUCUUUGUCGACAAGCAUGGAGGAGUUCCGUCGGUGGAGCGUAAUCAAACCAGUCAUGUAUUCAUCAACUUGUCACAGGAGUUUUCUGACAUCUUAUCGGAGCUAUACAUUGGAUACUUGGACCCAAAGAUUCGCGACAUUCACAUCGACAAUUUGGUCCUGAUGAAUGACAUAUUGAACGAUGCCACGUCAAAAGCUCAUCAUGAGACGACUGGAAUCAUCACCACUCCCGCAAUGUUAGCUCUCAAUGAUGACCAACUUAAUCCUAUCAUUUACAAUGUUCUCACCGACCGCCCUGUUAUUCUGUCUUCGCUUCCUUCCUCAACAAAAAGAACACCCCAAUUAUCUACCUCCAUCAUCAAACGCGGCUUCCCGGUCAGUGUUUUAGAAGAACAUACCUACAAUGGCGAGUUUACAUUUAAAAAUCUUGUACGUGACAAAUUGGUCGACCAAGAUAGACUUUUUAGUUUGCUUGAGGACUCUUUCGGCCGAAAAUUGGCCGCAGAGGAGUUUUUGGAGCGGAUCAACCUGUCAAUAGCCACAAUAAUCAUCGUGGGAGAUUAUGAUGGUGCGGCAAUAAUCACCUGGGAGACGUUGAGCAGCGGCGAGAAAAUUGCCUAUCUCGACAAAUUUGCCAUUGCUAAAAAAAAUCAAGGUCUUCCCAGUUUGGCCGAUAUCAUCUUCAAGCUUAUCUCCCAAGCCCAUCAAUCAGAACUCAUUUGGAGGUCCAGAAACAAUAAUCCUGUCAAUAAAUGGUACUUUGAACGAAGCCGAGGCUCAGCCAACGUCCCAGAUUCACAGUGGAAGCUCUACUUUACUGGUGAAAUAUAUGACAAACGAAUGGGCACCAAACUCGAUGGAACAGAAAAUGAAUCGGUUGAUAUCACCCAAAAAUUGAAAAUAUACUCCGAGGUUGUGUUGAGCAUCCCUCCUUCAUUCAAGUGA